AUGGAUGAAACCAACUCAACCAGUGUGUCCCAUUUUGUUCUCUUGGGCAUUUCUACCCACCCAGAGGAACAGAUUCCACUCUUCCUUCUUUUCCUAUUCAUGUAUAUAAUCAAUAUUUCUGGGAACUUUACUAUUAUCACAUUGAUUAUCUCUUCUCCACACCUCCACACUCCCAUGUACAUCCUCCUCAGUAACCUGGCCUUGGCAGAUAUCUGUUUCACCUCUACCACAGUACCCAAAAUGCUGCAGAACAUUUUCUCUACUACAAAGACCAUUUCCUACAUGGGUUGCUUAACCCAGACAUAUUUCUUCAUUUGUUUUGCUGCCAUGGAAAACUUCCUCCUGGCUGUGAUGGCAUAUGACAGGCACAUUGCCAUCUGCCACCCCUUCCGCUACUCUGUGAUUUUGACCAGAAUGCUGUGUGCACAGAUGGUGGCUGUGUGCCAUGUCCUCGCCCACCUUCAUGCACUGCUGCACACUGUUCUCAUGGGCAGACUGACCUUCUGUGAUGAUAACAAGAUCCCCCACUUCUUCUGUGACCUCUACCCUCUGAUGAAGAUCUCCUGUUCUAGCACCCACCUCAACACCCUGAUGAUUCAAACAGAGGGUGUGAUUAUUAUCAAUGGAGCUUUGAUCUUCAUCAUUGCUUCCUACGUCUGUAUCAUCACAGCAGUCCUCCGGAUUCCCUCGGCCAAUGGCAAGUGGAAAGCUUUUUCUACCUGUGGAUCCCACCUCACCGUGGUGGCCAUAUUUUAUGGCACUCUCACAUGGGUCUACUUCCGACCUCUUUCCAGCUACUCUGUGGCCCAGGCUCGAAUUGUGACUGUCAUGUACACAGUGGUGACACCCAUGCUGAAUCCCUUCAUCUAUAGCCUGAGGAAUGGGGAUGUCAAAGGAGCCUUCAGGAAACUGAUGAGCAGAAUAUGGGCUUUUUUCUUUGUAUAA